AUGAGUAAUUUUUCAAUUUUAUUUAUUCAAAAGCUUGUUCCAAGUGUUAGUUUGAACAAAAUUAAUUCUAUAUAUUUAUUGAAGCACCUCGAAAAUGUUUGUGAACAUAUUUUUCAAGAAAAUAAGUAUAACAUUCGAAAAUCAUUAAGGAUUCGUUUUUCAAAUAUAUUAUUAAAAAAAAAAGAAAAGAAGAAAAGGAAAAUAAUGAAUUGUACAAUGACCAUUAAAGGUAACAAUAAAAUUUUUCAGCAGGUGUAUCAAUAUAUUGAUAAAGCAAUAGUUUUAUUACCUGAAUUGGGUCCAAAUGGUAUCCUUAGGUUACUAUAUGCUUUAUUAAAAAUAAAAAAUUUCGAAAGAAGUAAAAGAAAAAAAAUAAUAAUUUUAAAAUAUAUUGAAUACUAUUUAUUAAGAAGUUCAGUAAAUGACGGAAUGCUUAAUUUUUGGAAAUACGUUACAAUGAACGAUUCAGUAUUAUUUUUUAAGAUGUUUGUUAUGAAUGAUUAUUUUUCUUAUGAUUUACUUAAUACAUUAAUGAAUAAAAUAAUUAAUAAUAUUAAACAUUUGGUUUCAUCUGAUAUAGUUCUAUUUUUAUCUGCAUAUCACACUUACAAAAAAAAAAUAAAGUUUAAGAGAUACAAAAAAAAAGAGAUAUUCUUAAACGAUAAUUCUUUGAAUAUAUUAUACAAAGAAAUCAUAAAUAACUUUAAUCUAACAAAUAAGGAAAUAUGUAACUUUAUCACAUUCUAUUCAUUAUAUGGCAAGAGUAUUUCAUUAAAUGAAAAAAUAGUGAUAUAUUUUAAAGUAGUCAAGCAUAUAGAAAAAAAUGUGCUAAUUUAUUCACCUGAACAAAUUAAAAAUUUAAUCAUAAGUUUAUUUAGAAUUCAAAACUUUACAUUUAACAAUUCUUUUAAUGAAAACAUAAAUAAACUUAAUAAUAAAACUUUCGAUAGUGAAAUUUUUAAAAAAUUAUUCAUUUUAUAUAAUAAUCGUAAUAUAGAUGUAAAAAUAGAAGAUGAAUUGAAUCUUUUGAAUCAGUCAUUAAAAAACAAUUACUAUGAUUAUGAUAGUUUAGAGAAUAUAAUAUUUAAUAUAAAAAAUAAUAUCUCAAAUCUGAAAAAUAGAAAUCAAAUCAAAUAUAUUAAUUUACUUAUGAAACUGCUAGAUAUAUACAGAAACGAAAACAAAGUACAUAUUUCCUUACAAAAAAGAUUUAAUGAUUUUAUGUUAAGACAAAUUUUAAGUGAAUCUUUAUCUUUUUUUAAUCUUAAAUAUAAAUUUCUACCAUGGAAUUUGAGGCGUAUUGUUUUAAAACAUCAAUUAAGUAAUGAUAGUAAAAUAUGGUCAUACAAAUAUGAAUUAAAAGCAUAA